GGUCUUCUCUCGGCUUUAAGGCUGAUGCCAAAAUGGCUGGAGCCAGCCUCGGGUCCAGAAAUAACAUCCCCGAUUAUGAGACGGUGGAUCUGAACACUCGGGCGUUCCACGUGGGCGCUUUCGGGGCCCUUUGGAAGGAGUCGCUCCGCCAGGAAGACGUGUCUCUCCAGCAGGAAGAACCUGCGGACGACGAGGCGGCGGUGAUGGAGGAUUUUCUCUGCACGCCGGAGAUCGCGGCAGAGCUGAAAGCUGUGUGCAGCAUUUCUGCACUGAAGAGCUCUGAUAAAGAAGAUACAGAAGUGAUACCCGAAGAUACCAACUUAAUAACUCUUAAAAUUCGGCAGAAAGCUCUGGAGAGACGAGAAGAAACCAUCCUUGUUGAUCGUGCAUGUAGACAAGAAACAUUUAUUCAUGAGAUGGAAUCUCAUGCAAUUGGAAAAAGGCCCGAAGAUCCUGGGAAUAUGAUUGACGAAGCCGAACUUGUGUUAACCCUCAACAUUUUUUAUCCGGUUAUAUUUCAAAAGCAUAAGCUUCGGAAGCCGUAUCAGACGCUGUUGGUUCUAGGGAGUCAAAAACUUACCGAGCUUCGAGAUUGCAUUUCUUGUGUUAGUGACCUUCAGAUUGGUGGGGAGUUCAGCAAUAAUCCUGCUCAGGCCCCAGAAAAUAUCAGCAAGGAUCUCUACAAGUCUGCCUUCUUUUACUUUGAAGGUGUUUUUUAUAAUGAUAGCAGGUAUGCAGAAUGCAGAGAUCUGAGCAGGUAAAUUACUGACUGG